CAAUAGUGCCCUUUGUUCUCUUAACAGACCAUACCAAUGGCUUCUCGUUUCCAGGCGGUAACAUUGGUGGACUCACCAUCGUAUCCUAACUCCAUCGCCUGGUCCGACGAGAACCUAAUUGCCGUGGCAUCCGGUCACUUGGUCACCAUUCUGAAUCCGGCAUUGCCCUUUGGACCUCGAGGCCUGAUCAGUAUAAACAGGAGUGAACCUUAUCCCAUUGGGGCGGUAAAAAGAGAAGAUCUAGCAUCUGGCUGUUUGUUACCCACCACUUUAAAUCGGGAUCCUCGUCCUUCUGUUCGAUCAGUUUCAUGGUCUAAUCUUGGAAUGGCUCCCAACUCUGGGUGCUUUCUGGCUGUUUGCACCACAGAAGGGCGUGUAAAGCUCUAUCGUCCUCCCUUUUGUGAUUUUUGUGCUGAAUGGAUAGAGGUUUUGGAUUUAACUGAUAGGCUUUAUGAUUAUCUUGCAAGUAUUAGUUUCGAGGAUCCUGAUAUUCCUCCCUCAGAAAUUUCUAAUGAGCCAGUGACAAAUCAUGGUUAUGUUGAUGAUCCUACAGAUUCUGUUUCUGUGAAGGAACAGAAACGCAGAAAGGUGAAUAACUUUGGUGUUAGGAAUGCUGGCUUGGAAACUUCUUGUGACCAAAUAUCACAUGGCCCCAGCCCUUCCCUUGAAUUGGAGGGGCAGGGUCCUCCCAAGGGGAGGUGCACGAAAUCUGGCGGACGAAAAAGUUCACAUCAGAUAGUUCCUGCUACCAGAGGUAGAGGAAGAUCUGCCAAAAAACCACCUGAAGUUUGUAUCCUACCUUUGAUAACAGCAGAUCAAUAUGCUUCACGCAGUGCAAUGCUAUCAUCACUUGUUGUUGCCUGGUCUCCCCUGCUUAAAUUAUCAUCUAGAAUUUGUGGGGCUCCUGAAAUUAAUUCAUCCAUCCGCUUCUCUCUGCUAGCGGUUGGUUCAAAAUCUGGUAAAAUUUCAUUCUGGAGAAUCAAUGUACCUGAGUACUACUCUAUUGAGCAAAGUUUGGCCCCUACCAGAGUGGAGCUCAUUGGGAUCCUUAAGGCACACAGUUCCUGGGUCACUGCAAUAAGUUGUGCCUUGCUUGCUUCUGAUUCUUCUACUCCUCAAGUUUUAUUAGCUACUGGAAGUUCUGACGGAGCAUUAAAGUUUCUUCUAUUGAUGGGUAUCACCGUGUCGGAACAUGCUUUUGGAGAUGAGAUACAAGACAUGGGAGGAGUUUUAAAGUCAACAGAAGUUAAUAAUGCUCCAUUUUAUCCAUUGAAGGAGAUUGUAAAUAUUUAUGCUGUCCCAGUCUCGGUGCUUUCUCUUAUGCCCACUCAGUCACUUCAUAAAAUGCUCUUAGCGGUGGGGAGAACAUCUGGAGCUAUUGAAGUAUGGAGGGAUACAUCUGUGAAAACAUUUGAUAAAGCUGGACCAUAUGAUGCUCAUGACCAAGUUGUUACUGGUUUAGCUUGGGCUUUUGAUGGAUGUUUUUUGUACAGCUGCAGCCAGGAUAAUUUUGUUCGUAGCUGGAGUUUACGUGGAAGUUCCCUGAGUGAAAUGCCCAUUCCUUCAAGUUCUCCUGGGCUGAGGAGCGUCAGUGAUAUGCCGGAUGUGUUUAUUUCAUGCCUUGGUCUGGUGGUAUCACCAAGUAAUCUUGCAGUAGCCAUGGUUCGCAGUUUUGAUGUUAAUCAGUUGGACCACAUGUAUGAGGCGAGGCUUCAGAAGGCUGCCGUUGAAUUUUUCUGGAUUGGUGGGCACCAAAAGGAUAUUCUGUCAAACACUUCCCUGGAAUUUGACAUUGAACCCCCUGGUUUUACAGAAAAAGAACUUGUUUAUUGGGAAUCCAAUAUUUUGUGGUCCUUAAAGCAAUAUGAACAUUGGGAUAAGCCUUUGGUUAUUUGGGAUAUUGUAGCAGCAUUAUUGGCCUUCAAGUGGUCUGCACCUGAUUAUGUUGACCAUGUUCUGGUUAAGUGGCUUUCAUCCUCAUAUGUGGAUGUUCAUGUGGAACGUUCUAUUGGAAAGGUUCUGCCACAUGUCUGUAAAAGUUUUUGUAAAGCUGCUUCACGCCAGUUGCACCUCCUAAACAUCAUUUGCCGACAAGUAAUACUGCCGGAGUUGAAGGCAGAUGAAAUAAAUAGCAACUUGUUGAACUUUACAGUAGAUAAUCCCAAUUUUGCUCAAGAUAAGCAACAUAAGUUAUGGAUGGACUUACUUUCAAGAAGUGAAAAAGAACUGCGAGAGAGACUUGUGGGUUUUAGUUUUUCUGCUUAUAGAAGUUUCGCAUCCAACUCAGCCACCACUUCUUCUGAGCCUGGAUAUUGGUAUCCUUUUGGUAUGGCACAAAUGGAGCAGUGGGUUGCAAAUAAUAAUCAUCAAGUACACGACCAACUAAAAGUUGUGGCAACAGAGAUUAAAACCUGCAAAAGGUCUCGCUGCAUCGAACUUGCAGAAGAAGAUAAAGAGCAAUGUAGCUAUUGCUCAGCACCAGUUCCUUUUGAAUCCCCAGAAUUUGGGGUGUGCAGGGGAAUGGAGAGCAAUGGUAGCAGUGGGCAGAAGCAUAAGUUAGCAAGGUGUGCUGUUACAAUGCAGGUUUGCCCAAUCACACCUUUAUGGCUGUGCAAGUGUUGUCAAAGAUGGAUUUCCAAACUUGCACCGGAGUCACUAUUUAAGAUGCCCCAGCAACAUUGUCUAGAUUAUAAAUUUUCACCUGAGCCGUCUUCUAUAAAAGUAGCCUCCAAACCACAAUGUCCCUUUUGCGGGAUAUUGCUACAGAGAUCACAACCCGAAUUUCUUCUUUCCCCACUACCUGUGUAAUCUUGAGUCUUCACCUGUAUAUUCGCUUAGAUCUCAUUUCACUUGAAUUUAUGCAAAAUAUAACUCUCUGAGCCUCAGUAAUAAUCUAAAUAAUUGAUAUCUGCUGUCGCUUGCUUGUUUUAACCGAAAAGAAAA